AUGGUGUUUGGUGUUCCUCUUUCUCUUUUUGAGCACAUUAAGUUGUGCAAAUAUGCUAAAGAGAUAUGGGAUACACUUCAAGACUUUUUCGAAGGGUCAGAGAACAUGAAGGAUAUGCUUUUGACCUCGACGGUAAAUGGAUUUGACACCUUCACUACAACUCCUGGUGAAUCUGUUACUUCUGCAUCAAACCGGACUUUCAUGACCAGAAGAUCAAACACCCCGUUGGUACCCCCGUUUGAAGAUCCCGAAUCCGCAUUGAAAAGGAACAAAGGAAAGGACGUGGAGAGCUCGAGUACACCAAAGAAGUCACCUUUGUCCAAUUUGAAGACUGUUUCUGGGAAAAAUAAGAGCAGCAAAUCAGGAGCAUCCAGCGCCUCUUUAGUAAUCUACGAACCGGUUAAGGAAGAUAUUGAGUAUGAGACCGAGGAAGAAGAGGAGCCUACAUACGAGCACGAAUCCGAUUCCGAGGAAGAAAGGAAGAUGGAAGAAGUGAAGAAGGUAGUACUCAAUGAAAACUGCUCAGCUGCUAUGCUAAAUAAGCUACCAAAGAAGAAGGGGGACCCGGGGAGUUUGACUUUACCUUGCCAAUUUGGCAACUUGGCUACCAUUCAUGCCUUAGCCGAUUCGGGAGCAAGUGUGAACCUAAUGCCAUAUUCAUUCUUUAAGAAGCUAGAUCUCCUAGAACCAAGGCCAAUUCACAUGGAAAUUUACUUGGCAAACAAGACAAUCACCUUCCCAAGAGGCAUAUGCGAAGACAUGCUAGUCAAGGUGGACAAAUUCGUCUUUCCCACUGAUUUUAUCAUUCUAGACAUGGAGGCGGAUCCACAAGUGCCAAUCAUCCUUGGAAGGCCCUUCCUCAACACGGCAAAUGCUAUAGUAGACAUGAGGGACUCGAAGCUCACCUUGCGGGUAGGAGAAGAUUCAGUUACAUUUGGGGUAGACCAAGCUAUGAAGUAUGCAAGGAACAAUGACGACACGACAUUCUCAAUUGAUAUGCUUGACGAAUUAUUGGAGGAAUGCAUAAGUGAAGAUUCCAGCAAGUUCACAACUGAUUAUGAAGAAUUUGAUCCAGAAAAAGACUUAAUGGAAAUUGAAAGGCUGCUGGAAGAAGCUGAUUUUGAAGAAUUAUUAAAGCACACUGACAGCCCUACUCGCCGAGUAGGACCGAUCUACUCGCCGAGUUCUUCCUCAGAAAAGGCAGAAAUCGUGAAUACAGCCACAAACUCGCCGAGUACCUUACCUACACCCGGCGAGUCCAAUAGUCAGAACCAAAAAUCUGAGCUCAAAACUUUACCAGAACAUUUGGAGUAUGCUUUCAUUGAAAAAGGCAACCAAAAGCCUGUAAUCAUAGCCUCUGACCUGUCCAAUUCUGAAAAAGAAGAGCUAGUAUAA